AUGAGAUCCGUGGUACGUAACAGUACUGGACCGUCGAUUGUGGUUUCGUUCGCGCUAGCUGGAAUCGCUUCGUUGCUAUCAGCGCUUUGCUAUGCGGAGUUUGGAGCGAGAUUCCCGAAAGCUGGAAGUGCUUACACGUAUGCGUAUAUUGGAGUGGGAGAGCUAUGGGCGUUCACAAUCGGAUGGAAUAUCAUUCUGGAGCAUAUGCUGGGAGCCGCUGCUGUGGCACGAUCGUGGUCUGGCUAUUUGGAUUCGUUGUUGGGAAAUGCGAUGAGAAAUUCAACCUUCAUCAAUAUGGCACAUUUUGAUGCAAGAACUAUUAUUUGCUUAAAUUUGCAUGGCAAAUGA